UUAAUGCGGGACCGGGCCACCGGGCAACUGUGCUUGUUUUUCACCUUGAGCGUCUGAUAUCCUCUGGCGCACGUUUAAAUUGUUUACGUCUUACUUUUCAAGUCGUAAUCUCCGUGUACUCGACUCCUUGGGCGAGCCAUGGCUCUUUCGAUGUCCUCGAAGAUUCUGCUAAACAACGGAGCUCAUCUACCUGCCAUCGGAUUUGGGACGUAUCGAAUCUCGGAAGCCGCCCUCAAGUCCCUGAUGCCUGUUGUGCUGCAGCAGGGAUACAGGCUGAUUGACUCGGCGCCAUUGUACAGGAACGAGGCAGCGGUCGUUGGCGCCCUGCAGUCACUGCAAGAGUAUGGAUUGCAGAGAUCCGACGUCUGGGUGGCAAGCAAGCUGCCACCCAUAGCCCAAGGCCGAGACAAGUGCCGCCAAUAUGCGCUGGGAAUAAUCGAGAAGCUCGGUGGAAGGCUAGAUCUGCUGCUGCUUCACUGGCCUGGAGUGCAGGGGCGCAAGCCCGAAGACCCGGAGCAAGCCGUACUGCGCAAGGAAAGCUGGCUGGAUCUAGAGAACCUAUACAAGGAAGGUAAAGUGGGUGCCAUUGGCGUUUCCAACUACACCAUUAGGCACUUGCAGGAACUGCUGACAUACUGCAGUGUGCGACCUACAGUUAACCAGGUGGAGUUUCACCCGCACCUGGUACAAAGCGACCUGUUGCGCUACUGCAAGGACCACCAAAUCGUGCUGCAGGCUUAUUCGUCCCUUGGCGCAGCAGGGGGCGUUGCUGCAGUUCUUCAAGAGCCGGCCAUUGUGGAAAUUGCCGGGAAGCACAAGAAGCAGCCGGCACAGGUUGUUCUGCGAUGGGCUCUUCAACUCGGCAUAGCAAUCAUCCCCAAGUCAAGUAAUGCUCAACGAAUUGAAGAGAACGCGAAAAUCUUCGACUUUGCACUCACCGACGAUGAAGUGGCCACCAUCAGUAGCCUGAACAAGAACAAGCACUACUGCUGGGACCCCACAAACAUUGCCUAAAGCGAGUGAACAGCGGCGUGACACUUCUUAAUCUGUGUAAAAAUAUUGUUCUUUAGCCAACUCAGCCUAUCUGCAAGCCUGCCAGUUGUGCAGUUGCACUUAGAAAACUGUUCUUGUGCUUCUGUCUUUGCACGACCAAGUUAGCAAGAAGGAGUAGAGCAAGUAGUACAUGUUUUAUGAAAGGGUAAAGUACUGCAAUAUGACUGAUUGCAGGGGCUAAUUUUUUGUUAAUUGGAGAAGUCAGCACGAGUGACAGUUUAUGCAGGUGCCAUUAAAAGCAAAACUUGUGCAAAGGCUGUGCAAUAAAACUAUUUUGAAAUGAAGUACCGCAAUACACAUCCAUGACUUGACAAUAAUUGCCAUGCCUUUGUACAGGAGCAGGACGAGAUAAUUUUUUUUUUCUUAAGUGUGAUACAGGCACUGCGAUGUUGCAUGUUCGUCUGCAACCUGACAGACAAAUCUUAUUACCUGUUCAAGAUUUUUAAAUUGGGCAAAAUUAAUUAGAGAAUAAGUUUCUGUGGGGCAUAAAAAACGUACAGAGCCAACACAUGAAAAAACCCAACAAGGGCUGAAAGGUACUCCUAAAAAUAUAGUGCAUUCGAUAUUCUGGAAAGCACAAAACAGUGACGCGCACCGGAUUGGUGGGCCAUGACCGUCCAUCGUGAAAUAGUUCUGUGUGUAGGUGAGCUUAAGUCCAAACAGUACUUUUUGGGUGGCGUAUGAUUGCACAUGUGGACAGGCCCUCAGCUGGUUACUGAAUAGCUAUUGAUCCCACAGACUGGGCAAUUAAUAAAGUGUACUUUGGUGGUGAGAAAAAGGUAAGCUUGCACUAAACUACGAGCUCAAAAGAUAUUCAAGCAUGGUGUGUAGAGACAAUAAAAAAUUCUUAAACUAGGGGUUUCACUGGAGCCAACAUUUCGACAGGCCGAUUUGUCUUCCUCAAGGCUGCAGGUGAUGCAGCCUUGAAGAAAUCCGCCUGUGUAGUUGUUGGCUCCAGUGCCAUCCUGCAUUCACGAAUUUUUCAUCUCGUCGAACUUCCAUCUGCCGCGGCUGUGUAGCGGGUAGGGUAUUCACCUGCCGACCUGAAGGUUGCGAGUUCAAUCCUAGCCACAGCGGUAACAUUUCAGUAGAGGGGAAAUAGUAAGAGACCUUUAUCCUGUGCGAUGUCAGUGCACGUUAAAGAACACCAGAUACUCAAAAUUUCCCGAGCCCUCCACUACAGCAUCUCCCAUAAUCGUAUCACGACAAUAAACCCAAGGUAUUCAUAUAAUUAUUCAUUGAACUUGUGAAUUUUUUGGGUUUUACUGAGUACUGGUGACGACACAAUGAUUGGCAACCUUCACUCCUACCGAGAUUUAGCUGCGCAAGAUGUCGGAAAAGGUCCCUCCCAGAUAGCGGAUUGCCUGUACAACAAAAACAACAAAAAAAUAGUCUGAAGGCAGGGUCACCGGCCCUUCAGCUUGUGAUGUUAGUCCGGAAAGCGCACCUACUGGCGCUGGCUUGUGUGCAUCCAUCUUUGGGGAGGCAAUUCUGCAAACUUCUAAAGUUGUAUCUGACUACAGUUAGGAUAGAUAACCGUUGUGCUCCAGUGUUACAUUGAGUAAGCUUAAAAUAGUGGUGUAGCGCUAACUUUUAACUGAUUGUUUAUUUUCAGAUUGAGAGGGCCGGUAAUAGCUGUGUCAGCUGCCCGUCGAUAGCGCUGACUGUGAAUGAAAUUCUGGAUGCGGCUGGUUUUCAUGUGCAAUCAUUGGACCUUCUGUGCUUAGAUCUAUUUAUGUUGUUUCUUCUGAAAAUAAACGAUCAGUUGAAUGUUAGCACAUA